UCCGCGGUGUUCAUAACAGCGUGCACGUUGUGUUACGUCUUUUGCUGAAAUACAUGCAAAUAUUUCCCUUCCAACUUGCAGCCAAAAAAGGAAGGCUGUCAAACAGCGUGUUAAAGCCAGGCUUGUGCAGCCUUGCUGUGGUGUGUGUGUUCGGUUCUGCCUCAUGCACCAUGGGAGCGCGCUCCCGAGUCUUCAGGUGAAUGGACAGAGGGAAGAAGAGCGGGGGUACGGUUCACUGUGCUUUGCAUAAAGGAACAAUUAGUGAAAAUGAGUUGUGCCACUUCGAUCGGGGCACAUGCUUUUAUGACAAUGUAUCUACUCUUCGUGACGGGAUGCACCACACAGAAAGUCUACUUCGACUGCGGUGCCAAGGUGGAUGUGGUGGAUGUCCAAGGGCUCAUCCUUUCCCCGGGCUUCCCCUAUAACUACUCGUCUGGGAUCCACUGUGUGUGGCAGUUCUUUGUCCCGAUGGACUACCAGCUUGUCCUGGAGAUGUUUGACUUUGACGUGUUUGAAAGCCACGACUCUCCCGCUGUGUCAUACUCUGAGGAGGAACUGACAGAAGAGGAGAUGAAAACUCUCACUCCCAGACGUUUGGCGGCCGAGGAGGAUGACGAGGAUGACAACGAAGAAGACGCACUUUCGUUGGCCAAAGUUCUGAUUGACCGGAGUGAGCAGGUGUUCGCAAAGGGUACGCAGUCCUCCAACGGCGAUGAGGUCCAGGAUAUGAGGCUGCAGGAGGAGCUGAUGAAGAUCGAGGGGGAUCAUGUCUCGGAAUCUGCCAAAAGAGCGAGCGAUAAAGAACAACCUGACACCGGGGCGACGCCCCGUUCCCCCCGCCUCUGGAUACCUGUUGCCCAGCCUCCAGGAGGUGAAGCUUCGGAUUCCUCCAUCUCCACCGCCUCGUCCUCUUCGCCCCUCUCCCCGCCACUGGGAGGUCUGCACUCCAGCCCGAGCUCUCAGCCAGGAGCUGCCCGGACCUCCACCACCACCACCACCACCACCGCCACCGCCUCCCCGUCGCCUCAGUCAGACACCGCCUCUCCGAGCCCCGAGACCGCGCAGCCGAUGCUGGACGCCUGCCCCCACGACGUCCUCUACAUAUCCGACCUCAUCACCUUCUCCUCCAGGUUCUGCGGGUCCAACCGCCCUCCCGGCGGCCAGCUGGUGUUCGGCUCGAGCCAGGAGAUGGUGGAGGUGAUCAUGGAGCUCAUCACCACCACCCACUGGGGCCGGGGCUUCGCCCUGCUCUUCCACUACCACAACCUGACCGAGCCAGGGGGGGAUCGACGGACCUACGCUCACGCCCCUGGGCGGAUGGACACGCUCCUGGCUGCUGUGAGCGCCGCGGUCUUCUUCGGCAUGAUACUGGCUAGCGCUCUCUGCAUGAUCUUCAGACCUAAACUUUGUCCCAAGAUAUCCAACUCCUGUGUGUCAAGCAACUCUGAGGUUGCGGCGGCCGUGGAGAACCCGGCGAGCGAAGUCAGCGAGCUGCGGGUGGUCACGGCUAACGAGGGCGAGCGGGAGGUGAGCGAGGGGCAGCUCGCCAAGCGCCCUGCCCCCGGGGACCGGCGGACACAAGCAGUCAGUACGGGGGGAGAGGCCUCCCGGGAGCUUGAGUUGUCUCCUGGGGGCCUGAUGGAGCUCGACCUGGGGGCCGACGAGGUCUUCAUCACGGCCUCCGACCCGAGUCACCCUGGCCUGCCGCUCUCGGCUCACUCGCGGGAGCGAUAUCUGCGCUACAGUGACACCGGCCCCAGGCCCCUGAGCGACUGGCCCUUGCCCGACCCUGCCGCCACCACUACCUCCUCUCAGGGUCCGACUGCAGCCAGAACAGAGGGCGGUUCUGGCUGCUCUCGGCCCAGACCCAGAGCGUGGAGCGUCCGCACCUUCCAGGACUACCUGCCUCCGCUCCACAAGAAGUGGUGCAGCUGGAACUCCUCCAGUCCCUUCACAAAGCUGGUGGACACUACUCUUCCCAGCCUGGGGGCGGACCGGGCGGGGGACAACGGCAGGAAGGUCUUCUCGGAAGCCCACUUGUCCAACAAGCCGAGCUCCGUCGCCGACUCGGCCGUCAGCAGCGCCUCCUACCCCCUGACCCUGACCGCCCACCAGCAGCGACGCCUCAACUCCACCAGCAACCUGCGCCGCUCUCUCUUCAACGGCUUCGGCCUGCUCUGCGGGACGGACGACCCGGCCGGGGCGACCCCAGGGGCGGUGGAGGCACGGGCCCCGGGCCCCGCCUCCUCCUCGCCCUCCGGCCAGCAGCAGCAGCCGCAGGACAGGAGCUCGAAGGGCGGGAAGCGGCGCAACCUGAGCACGGACGGAACCGACCACGUCAGCGUGCCGGUGUUCGCCAUCUCUGAGGAGGAGGACCGCGAGCCCCUGGUCCCAGCGGAGCACCUGGCUCAGACAUCCUUCUCCUCCAUCUCCUUAUCCCCGUCCUCCUCCUCCACGGUGAACGGACAGGCAGGGGGCUUGUACCAGGAGAGAAGGCUCACCCCGCUGUGCUAGGCCGGAAGCCCCCAGCAGCCCUGGAUGAGCUGAGGGGAGGCCGGCAUAAGCUGCCAUCCAUUCAACCCCAUCCUCCCCCGGCUCGGUUGCCACCGACGCCGAGAAGGAGCCCCGCCUUUGUCGUUGAUGCUAGCUCUCCCCUCAGCCAAUCAAAAGUGUUGUGCAGUUUGACAGGCAAGGUGAGGUGACCAGUGGCGUUUGAGGAUGGGCAGAGCCUGGACUCUCCACUAUAGGCCUGCCCUGGGGAACUCUUUUGGUCCUCGUGUGCGGAACCUGCCCUCCACAGAGCUCUAAAUUGAGCUGAAGUUAGUAGCACCUUUAGUGUCCUGCAGGCGAUAAGACCGCACUACAAUAUUUCUAUUUUUUCAUGUGUUUGAACAAAGAUUGACCAUAAUGCUAUUGCUACGCCAGGGCACUGGCUGAUUGGAUGAAAACGAGAACAUUCUAUUUAGGACUCCCAUUUAUUUUCAGUGCACUUAAGUUUUCUAUUUGUAUACUGUUUGAUACACUCCAACAUUUGCACUUUCAAUAUCUCACUAAUUGCGGCUCAUUCAUUUUGUGCCAAAUCUUUAUCUGCAUUUUCAGUCUUUUUCAGUACAUGCUUAUGCUUUUCAAUGACAGUACAGCAGAAUAUAAAUUCUACAUUAAUAUCACUGUUUAAUGUAAAACAUGAAAAUCUCACCUGUAAUCAUGUCUGAAGACGAUAUUGGAUUAAAAAGGGAAUUAAUUGUAUAAACGCAGUUACUAAAGCAUUAGUGCUGAAGAAAUAAAAGGUUGACUCUGAACUUAAAGAAA